AUGUUGGACAUCACUGCUUCUCGAUUCUAUGUAACGCCGCUCACUACGCCGCCGUCGCAGCCGGACGCUACGCCGACGCAGCGUAGGUAUCAUUAUCUCGACUACCAACCGCCCACAGGUGUGCCCGAGACAGCCACGUUGCUUCUGCUGCAUGGGUUUCCCGAUUUCUCGCACGGAUGGCGCAGCGUCAUCGCGCCUCUUCGACUCGCCGGCUUUCGUCUGAUCGUGCCUGAUCUGUUGGGAUACGGACUGAGCUCAGCACCGCCCACGUCGGCUGCUUCGGCACCCGCCGGAACUCUACCGAGGCUCGCCGAGUACGGUGGCAGAGCUAUCUCGAUCGACUUGAACGGCUUGCUCGAUCACGCUCAAGCAGCAAAGCGCUCUAAAUAUGGUGCCGAGCAUCUCGGUUCAGAUGGAAGCAACGGUCGCGUCAUUGUGCUGUGUCACGACUGGGGAUCGUGGCUCGGAUGGAGGUUCGCCCAGUGGUAUCCGCACAGAGUGAUGGGCGUCUGUGGUCUUUGCGUUCCCUUCCAAGCGCCCACCUCGAAACCGAUCCCGAUCGACUCGGUGCUCAAGAGCGUACCCAGCUUUGGCUACCAGAAGUUUUUCUCAGAAGAGAGGAGCACCAAGAUCAUCGAGGAGCACCUCGAUCGAUUCCUCGCGAUUAUCUUCAUGAUCCCAGGCCUGUUCUCGGCCGACUCGGCCAACGAACAAGAGCUGCGCGAUUGGCAUCUGCAAGGCAAGCUCGAAAGGCUGCUCACCAUGCCUGAAUUCUCCCAUAUCCCGCUCAAGGACCUCGGACGCAGCAUCAUGGACAAGCAGCUUCUCGACCAGUACAUCACCCUCUUCCGCAGCAGAGGCAUGGAAGGUCCUCUGAGCUGGUACCGUACGAGAGAGAUCAACUGGCAAGAGGAUCGCGCUUUGACAUCCAAGAGCCUGCCAGAAUCGUUGCCAGCCUUGCUCAUCAUGCCCAACGACGAUGUAGCUGUGCCUCCGGCGUUAGGUAGGACAAUGAAGAAACACGUUACGCAAACCGAAUUUGUCCAAGUGGCCGGAAGCGGCCAUUGGAUCCAGAACGAAGUUCCCGGUAUCGUAGUGCAGACGUUCAAGCAGUGGGUGGACAGGAGCGUCUUGCCCAACGAAAGCAAGCGCAAAGGAAUGCUUGGGUGGAUGACAAGUAAGCUCUAG